AUGUUUCAGGGGUCGGUGUCUCUUAGAGCAACUACAAUAACGGUUGAUCUCGAUGAAGUGAAGCAGUAUUUGCAAAAUCUAGAGGAGGAUUUAGAGAAGCUAAAGGGUCUAGAGGAGUCGUAUGUUUGCGAAGGAAGGGAAAAAUCACCAACUGUCGAGGAAUAUCUACAGCAUCUGAAUGACCAUGACACGCCAAUAAAGCAUCGAGGACGCUUCAGAGAGCACAAAGUCUCUAGAAUUUACUAUAAGCUCCGAGAAAGCUUGAGGGGCCCCUUCAGAAAACAAGUAAGUCAUCACCGCGAGAUAUCGCCGGAAGAAACUCAAAAAAACGACAACCUUGCCCUCUAUCCUUCAUACGCAACGUUUCCGGAAGAUAUACGGGAAGAACCUGAUCAAGCAAAAUCAGACUCGCUAGAUCAUAGCUUCAGCAGAAUCAGUCGUGCUAGUAGGAAGAGCGAGGAGUCUGUCCUGCUUUCCCAAAAAAGAUCCUUAUCACGUUAUAGUUCGGUAAUUCGGUAUCCGUCGUCAGUGGUUGAGGUUUACAUUGGAGGUGAUUUAUUUGAUAAUCACAGUGACUUCAACAGACAAUUUAGUUUUGCACGGCCCAGAUCCACUAACGGCAGAGACGAUAAUUAUUCGAUGGCUUCGCUGGUGAUUCCGGGAUUUCAAACAGUGCCGAUCAGAAGAGAUUCACUCGCUGCGUUUAACGCUUCGAGUCGUCGUAACAGCAGACUUUACAGACAUCUAUCACGAACGCUGGUCGACAUUGAGCAAGGAUCGGGCUCCACGUCGAACGACGAAUGGCAGCCGGAGCGGGAACACCGCAGCGAAACGCAUUCAACCGGUGUUUAUUCUCUAAUUUCAGACCCCAUCUCUGGAUUCCACGCGGAUAGACCGGUGCAAAGUCCAAUGGGAGACGAAGGAUCAGCUCCAUGUUCAACGCGCACGUUCAACUACGUUUCGGCCUUCACAAACGUAUUCUUGGGGCAUCGUUCCCAAGAAGCGCUGGAGUCUAGCAUUGAUUCAGACGAUGAGGAUGAGGAUGAUCAAGGUUCACACUACUCUAUUCUGCAAUCUCCCCCACAUUUCCAUCGUGAUGAUAGUAGACCGCCUCAUCGUUACGUUUAA